CUCUGUUUUAAGAUCUCUAGUGUUUUUCAUCUCGACAAUCAAAACCACAUCUGAAAAAAAAUACCAUCACACUUGUCAUUCAGAUGAGUCAUACGUCAUAGAGAACUGUUAGUAUAGAUAUUUGGGUAUAUUCCUGAUAGCCUAACAAUAUUUCACAAUGGCUGGAAUGCCGGAUCAGCAAUUCCUGUGGAACAUUUUUCAAAAAGUUGACCGUGACAGAAGUGGAUACAUUUCGGCCGACGAAUUACAGCAAGCACUUUCUAAUGGGACGUGGAACCCCUUCAAUCCGGAAACCGUACGAUUGAUGAUCGGAAUGUUUGACCGAUCGAAUCGAGGUUGCGUCAGUUUUCAGGAUUUUGGAGCGUUGUGGAAAUACGUAACGGACUGGCAGAAUUGCUUUCGCUCGUUCGACACAGAUAACUCCGGAAAUAUAGACAAGGGUGAGCUGAAGUCGGCGCUUACUGCCUUCGGUUACCGCUUAUCAGAUGGACUGUACGACACCUUGAUUCGAAAAUUCGAUAGAUACGGAAAUGGCACGAUUUUGUUUGAUGAUUUUAUUCAGUGCUGUGUGAUUCUGUACACAUUGACGUCAGCGUUUAGACAAUACGACACAGAUCAGGAUGGAGUGAUAACAAUUCACUAUGAACAGUUUCUCAACAUGGUAUUCUGUUUGAAAAUCUAGGUUCUCAGAUUAUAAAAAAAAACUUUACGCCUUAAGGUUUCAAUACGCAAGAUUUUAUUCUAUAUGUGCUGUUAAACAGAUCUGCAGGAAAAUGAAUUCUGUCCGAUGGUUGCUACGAAAAAGGAGCAUGCAAACAAUUGUACUUUAGAGAUAGUGGAGCUGAGAUCAACACCGGAAAUUGUUUUACUAUAUUGUUAAUUUCUGUAGAAUAACAGAUACGAAAGGAGAAACAAAGUUGCCAAACCAAUUGUAUUUUCUAAUUCUACUUUUCGCAUAUACACACACACUGUUACAAUAUACAGUUUUAUUUGACCAAGAAAA